GAUUCCUAAACGUGACUGUUUUUCAGGAUGUCCUACAGACUGAAUGAUUAAAGGUGGAUGGGAAUCUGCGUUGAAUGCCUCUAUGCCUCAUGAUCGGCUACCUUAUACAACAAAAGGGGACCUGCUUGAUGCAAAUCUGAACAGUGGUGCUGUUUCUGCUCAAACGAGGGAAUCAGGACUGAAUAGCACAUUCAUUCAAUUAAAACAGCAUACCUGCGAUCGCCGGGAUAACAAAAAAAAAACACUUGUAAGUCUGAGAUCUUUUUAGUAUUUUGCAAGGGAAACUGUUUCCAAACAAACAGUGUUUUGAUGUUGGGAAAGCUACGCGCAUGCGUUUCUCCUGUUGGAAUUAUUGUACUGCCUAGGACUAAGUUGCAUUCAUUGAAUCUUCGCUCAAAGACAUUUCGUUAAUCAAAGUUAGGAAUGCGGAGAGUUCAAGACCGAGGAUGUUUCGGGAUUUUAUCUUUUCCCAUGAUGGUGGCCAUGGUCUGCUGUGCACACAGCGUUAAUGAGCCCAGCAACAUGUCAUUUGUGAAAGAAACCGUGGACAAAUUGCUGAAAGGAUAUGACAUUCGCUUAAGGCCUGAUUUUGGAGGUCCCCCUUUAGAUGUUGGAAUGAGCAUUGACAUCGCCAGCAUUGAUAUGGUCUCAGAAGUAAAUAUGGAUUAUACUCUCACAAUGUACUUUCAACAGUCCUGGAGGGACAAACGGCUCUCCUACUCUGGGAUACCUCUCAACCUGACGCUAGACAACAGAGUUGCAGAUCAGCUGUGGGUGCCUGAUACCUACUUCCUCAAUGACAAGAAAUCAUUUGUGCACGGUGUCACAGUAAAAAACAGAAUGAUCCGGCUGCAUCCUGAUGGAACAGUGCUGUAUGGCCUCAGAAUUACCACUACAGCAGCUUGCAUGAUGGAUCUGCGCAGGUAUCCCCUUGAUGAGCAGAACUGCACUCUGGAGAUAGAAAGCUAUGGCUACACCACUGAUGAUAUUGAGUUUUACUGGAAAGGGGGAGAAACCGCAGUCACAGGAGUUGCCAACAUUGAAUUGCCACAGUUCUCCAUCAUGGAUUAUAAAAUGUUGUCCACAAAAGUCAAGUUCACAACUGGGUCAUAUCCCAGGUUGUCACUCAGUUUUCAACUGAAAAGGAACAUUGGCUACUUCAUCUUGCAAACAUACAUGCCUUCAACUCUGAUAACAAUUCUGUCCUGGGUGUCCUUUUGGAUCAACUACGAUGCCUCUGCUGCUAGAGUUGCUUUGGGAAUUACAACUGUGCUCACCAUGACAACCAUCAACACUCAUCUCAGGGAGACUCUGCCUAAGAUCCCUUAUGUAAAAGCCAUUGACAUUUACCUGAUGGGGUGUUUUGUUUUUGUUUUCUUGGCCCUCCUGGAGUAUGCCUUUGUAAACUACAUAUUCUUUGGAAGGGGCCCUCAGCUCCAAAAGAAGGCAGCAGAAAAAGCUGCAAAGGCCAACCAUGAGAAGAGUAAACUAGAGCCCAACAAAGUACAGGUUGAUGCCCAUGGAAACAUUCUUCUAACCACCCUGGAAAUCAGAAACGAAGUCAGUGGCUCUGAGGUUUUGACAAGCGUAAAUGACCCCAGAGCCACUAUGUUUUCUUACGAUAGUGCCAGCAUCCAGUACAGAAAGCCAAUGACAAGUCGAGAUGUCUAUGGGAGGAAUGCAGCAGACAGACACGUGGUUCAUAAGAAGGGUCGCUUACGGAGAAGGACGUCACAACUUAAAAUCAAGAUCCCUGACUUGACUGAUGUUAAUGCCAUAGACAAGUGGUCCAGAGUCAUUUUUCCUAUCAUAUUUACAUUUUUUAAUGUCGUUUACUGGCUUUAUUACGUGCACUAGGUUGGUCACGUGUUUGUUCUGCAUUGUAUGUGUUUCAUGAUUAACUUAUUUCUAUGUAUUAACCCCUAAAGGACUGUGAUAUAUAACUGCAAGGUCAAGCUAAGGUGUUCAGCCUUUUUGUUUUUGCAUGUAUGCACUGGGUUUUUUUUUAAUUUAUUUUUUUAUCCAGACCCAUUUAUAAAAUCUUUUUUAAUAACUUAAACUUUCAUAUAACAUGUGUUAGAAUUCCUACAGGGAUUUAAUUUGUUAUGGCUUACAGCCAUAUCCAUGCUCCUCCAUAAGACUCCCAUGUUGUAUUUGAAAGGGUUAUAAAAUCAUAAUCUCUUCAUGUAAAGACAGAGCAGUAAGACACUCAACCCUUGCUGCAACCAACCCAGUUCACUUUAGAUUUUACCUGGUCUGUCCCUUGUGACAAGUAGACAUAUCAUUCUUUUAAUCCAAGAGAACAAAAUAUGUGCUUUUCAACUAUUGAGCCUGAAUCUUCUUUUCCAUUCCAAAGCUCAUGAGAUGAGGGCUGUUUCGUUCUUUGGACUAAUUUUAAUAAAAGUCAUUGGCUUCACUACUUUCAAAAAUAAAAGAAAAAGUAAGUACUUAGUUAGAGUCACUUUAAUUGGAAUUUAAAAAUCAAGUUUGUAUUAAAUCUCAAAGUGUCUGUGAGCAUUACGUAAGAUGUGAUUUUCUUUAAAAAGAAAUCAGGUAUACAGUAACUUAUUACUUCA